CAGUCAGUCUAUGCUCCCGGCACAUCCGUGCCAUCAAAGCUAUGGGAAAUGGGGGCAGCAAUGCCAUCAUUAUUACUACUGCGGUUUUAUUGGGAUUUUCCCUAGUCACUGUCAGUCUCCGCUGUUUUACUCGGUUGAAAAUUGUAAAGUCUUUUGGGUCCGACGAUACGUUGAUGGUAGCGGCAGCAGCAUUCAAUGUGGCAUUCGCUAUAUGCGGAAUCGUGGGCGCCUUGUACGGGAUGGGAAAGGCGCAGGCGUAUUUAAGUCAUAGUCCGGACGACGUUCGCCGCGGCUUGCUGUGUUGGUGGCUAGGACAGAUCUUCUACGUAUUUACUUGUACUAUUGCUAGGCUAUCUAUUGCCGCCACCAUUCUUCGCCUUACGGUCGAGCGCAUUCAUUCGUGGAUUCUUUACGGUAUUAUGGUGAUUUCGACGGCGGUGGGAACCGUUUUUCUUUUCUUCACGAUAUUUCAAUGUCGGCCAGUUGCAUACUAUUGGAAUCGAUCAUCAACGGAAGGCCGAUGCAUUGACAUCAACACUCUUCUUGGUAUCGUCUAUAUGUACAGUGGGGUAGCGGCAGCAUGCGAUUUUACUAUUGGCUUUCUGCCUAUUUUCAUGGUUUGGGGGCUUCAAAUGAAUCGUGGAACGAAAUUUGUUGUGUCGACAAUUCUGGGACUUGCUUGCAUAGCUAGCAUUGCUGUCAUAAUACGCAUCCCAUUUGUGCAUUACGCAGGCAAACCAGACUUCCUACACGAAACAACACAGAUUUCAAUAUGGUCGAACGUAGAAGCCAGUCUAGGCAUCGCUGCCGGUAGCCUAAUGACGGUUCGACCUUUGCUUCGAGCAUUGGUCACUUCUUUUCCGAUGCUGCGCAAUUGGUCUGGUGGUGAUGAGCUUGGAUCGCCAUUCUCAUUGCGGGCAUUCUGCAAACUAACGAACCCUACCUCAUGGGUUGCAAGCCAGGAGAUGGACGAGGAAAAAUUUGCUGCACUUGAAAAUGGAUACAAUGUCUUCUCCACUAACCAGCUACCGUACCUUUAG